GGGCCGCGCGGCGAAGAUGGAGGAGGAGGCGGGGGGGCGGCGGGGCGCGCGCCGGGCGGCACCGGGGGGACCCCAGGGCUCCCGGGCGGCGCGGGCACAGCCCCGGUGCCCCGGGCGGCGCUGACGGAGCCGCGCCUGUGCGACCCCCCCCGGCACCCGCGGGCCACCAUGGACCCCCAGAGCGACACAGAGGGGGGGUCCGGCCCUGAGCCCCCGCUGGAGCUCCUGCCCCGUGUCCCGCUGCUCGCUGCCCUGCCCGCCCCAGCGUGUCCGGAGGGCGCGGCGGGCGCGGGGCCCGAGGCGGGGCCGGGCGCGGGGCUGGCGGCGGCGCGGGAGCAGCAGCUGCAGCGGGAGCUGGUGGCGCUCAAGCAGCAGCAGCAGCUCCAGAAGCAGCUGCUGUUCGCCGAGUUCCAGAAGCAGCACGAGCACCUCACCCGCCAGCACCAGGUGCAGCUGCAGAAGCACCUCAAGCAGCAGCAGGAGGCUCUGGCCGCCCGGCGGCAGCAGGAGCUGGAGCAGCAGCGGCAGCGCGAGCGGCAGGAGCUGGAGCAGCAGCGGCUGGAGCAGCUGCAGCACAGCCUGCGCCCCAAGGAGCGGGGCCGCGACAGCGCCAUCGCCAGCACGGAGGUGAAGCUGAAGCUCCAGGAAUUCCUGCUCAGCAAGACAAAGGAUCCAGGCCCCCCCAACCAUUCCCUCCCCCAGCACCCCAAAUGUUGGGCUCACCACACCUCGUUGGACCAGAGUUCCCCCCCCCAGACCGGCAGCCCCGGGACCCCCCCGUCCUACAAGCUCCCCCUGCUCGGCACCUACGACGGGCGCGAUGAUUUCCCGCUCCGAAAAACCGCGUCGGAGCCCAACCUGAAGGUGCGCUCGCGGCUGAAGCAGAAGGUGGCCGAGCGCAGGAGCAGCCCCCUCCUGCGGCGCCGCGACGGCUCCGUGCUCAGCGCCUUCCGCAAGCGCCACGUGGAGAUCACCGUGUCCUCGGUUUGCAGCAGUGCCCCCGGGUCGGGGCCCAGCUCCCCCAACAGCUCCCACGGUGCCCACAACGGGCUGGCGGCGUCUGUCCCCAACAUCCACAGUGAGCAGCUCCUGCCCCAGCCCCACGCCCUGGCCCUGGACGGGGCCCAGCUCAGCCUCUACACGUCCCCAUCGCUGCCCAACCUGUCCCUGGGGCUGCAGGCCACUGUCACCGUCACCAGCGCCCACCUCCCCGUGUCCCCCAAGCUGUCGCCGCAGGCGGAGGGCGAGCGGGGGGUGCCCCCGGGGGUGUCCCCGCUGCGCCCCGGGGCCGCCCUGCCCGGCAAGUUCCUGAGCACGUCGUCGAUCCCCGGCUGCCUGCUGGGGGUGGCCCUGGACGGGGACGGCGCGCCCGGGCCGCCCUCGCUGCUGCAGCACGUGCUGCUGCUGGAGCAGGCGCGCCAGCAGAGCACCCUGAUCGCGGUGCCGCUGCACGGGCAGUCCCCGCUGGUGGCGGGGGGUCGCGGGGGGGGUCCCCGCGGGAGCGCAGCGCCGCGGCACCGCCCGCUGAGCCGCACGCAGUCCUCGCCCCUGCCCCAGAGCCCCCCGGCGCUGCCCCACGGCGCCCUGCAGCAGCAGCUCCGCGACAAGCAGCAGGGCCCGCUCGGCAAGCUGCUCCCCAAGGGGGCCGAGCUGGCGCGGCAGCCCCCCACGCACCCCGAGGAGACGGAGGAGGAGCUGACGGAGCAGCAAUCGCCCCCCCCGGCGGAGAGAGGCCCCCCGGGACCCCCGCUGGCGUCCCCCGAGACCGGGGACCCCCCGGAGCAGCCGCAGGACCCCGAGGGCUGCCAGGAGCCGGGGGACAGCGGCGACGAGCCCGAGCCCGGAGGGGACCCCGACGUCACUGAGCUGGGGGUCACCUACAAGCAGGUGUUCCCCGAGGCGCCGCUGCCGCUCUUCCCCGCGCCCCCCCUGGGGGUCCUGGCGCUGCCCCACCCCGCCCUGGGGCGCACGCAAUCGUCCCCGGCCAGCGUCAAACCCCCCCCGCCCGAGGGGCCCCCCAAGCACCUCUUCACCACAGGCGUGGUGUACGACACGUUCAUGCUGAAGCACCAGUGCACGUGCGGGAACACCACCAUCCACCCCGAGCACGCCGGCCGCAUCCAGAGCAUCUGGUCCCGCCUGCAGGAGACGGGGCUGCUGGGCAAGUGCGAGCGCAUCCGCGGCAGGAAGGCGACGCUGGAGGAGAUCCAGACGGUGCACUCGGAGCACCACGCGCUGCUCUACGGCACCAGCCCCCUCAACCGGCAGAAACUGGACAGCAAGAAGCUGCUGGGUCCCAUCACUCCGAAGACGUACGCGGUGCUGCCGUGCGGGGGCAUCGGGGUGGACAGUGACACGGUGUGGAACGAGCUGCACUCGUCCAGCGCGGUGCGCACGGCCGUGGGCUGCCUGCUGGAGCUGGCCUUCAAGGUGGCCGCGGGGGAGGUCAAGAAUGGCUUCGCCGUCAUUCGCCCCCCAGGCCACCACGCCGAGGAGUCCACGGCCAUGGGCUUCUGCUUCUUCAACUCCGUGGCCAUCUCGGCCAAGCUGCUGCAGCAGCGGCUCAGCGUGGGCAGGAUCCUCAUCGUGGACUGGGACAUCCACCACGGCAACGGGACGCAGCAGGCGUUCUACAGCGACCCGCACGUGCUCUACAUCUCCCUGCACCGCUACGACGACGGCAACUUCUUCCCGGGCAGCGGCGCCCCCGAGGAGGUGGGCAGCGGGCUGGGCGUGGGCUACAACAUCAACAUCGCCUGGACCGGCGGCGUGGACCCCCCGAUCGGGGACGUGGAGUACCUGACGGCGUUCAGGACCGUGGUGAUGCCCAUCGCCACCGAGUUCUGCCCGGACCUGGUGCUGGUCUCCGCCGGCUUCGACGCCGUCGAGGGCCACCUGUCCCCGCUGGGCGGCUACUCCGUCACCGCCAAGUGUUUCGGGCACCUGACGAAGCAGCUGAUGAUGCUGGCGGGGGGCCGGGUGGUGCUGGCGCUGGAGGGGGGGCACGACCUGACGGCGAUCUGCGACGCCUCCGAGGCCUGCGUGAGCGCCCUGCUGGGGCUGGAGCUGGAGCCCCUGGACCCCGCCCUGCUGCAGCAGAAACCCAACGAGAACGCGGUGGCCACGCUGGAGAAAGUGAUCGAGAUCCAGAGCCGGCACUGGGGCUCCGUGCGCCGCUCCGCCGCCGCCGUGGGGCGCUCGCUGCUGGAGGCGCAGCGCGGGGACAGCGAGGAGGCCGAGACGGUGACAGCGCUGGCCCUGCUGUCCGUGGGGACCGGGACCGGGACCGGGACGGGGACAGCGACAGCGACAGCGACAGCGACAGCGACGGACGCGCAGAACAGGCCAGCAGAGGAGCCGAUGGAGGCCGAGCCCACGCUCUGACCCGCCCGAUCCUCGGGAAACCCAAGGAACUCCGGGAAGAGAAAAACACACACACACACACACAAAAAAAAAAAAAAAAAAAAAAAAAAAAAAAAAAUCACAGUAAAAGAAAAAAAAAAUCCAAAACACACAGAAAAAAAACACUAAAAAAAAAAAAAAAAAAAAAAAAAAAAAAAAGGCAGAAAUCGAAAGGAAAACCAGAAAAAAAAAAAAAAAAAAAGAGGAAAAUAUUUUCUUUUUCUAUUAAAAGAGGAGAAAAACACAAAAAAAUCCCCCUGCCCGUCCUGUGCCCCCUCCCCGCGGUGUUUGCGGUCGUGUCUCUUGUGCAGCAGCGGUUCCACCAGCACCCCCCACUGUCCCCAACUGUCCCCAACUGUCCCCUCGUGUCCCCCCGUCCUUCAGCUCCCCCCGGGGCUCCUCCAGCUUUUUUUUAGGGUUUUUUCCUUUUUUUCCCCCCAUUUUUGUGUCUCCCCCCUCUCGUUCCCUCCCUGGCUCCGGCAUCCGUCCCCCACCCGGGGGAGGCGAUGGGAAAUAUUUGUGCCUUUAAGUAAUUUUUUUUUUUUUAAUGCCUUAAUUUCCCUUCGUUUUGGGUUUUCUUAAAUUUUCUUGGGUUGUUUUUGUUUUUUUUUUCCCUUCGGCCUCCCCGUUUGGGACGGGGACACGAGACAAAGGGACGAGCCCUGUCCCCUCCCACCCCCCUCCCGUCCCUUUGUCACCCCGGGAUCAAAUUUGUCCUUACAGGAGAGGAAAAAAAAGAAAAAAAAAGAGGAAAAA